AAGAGUGGGCGGUGCUUCCCCUUACGUCACUCUGAUUGACAUACGCACACAGGGCGAUCGUCUUUCUUCUCUCUCUUCAAUCCUGCGGUUACCCUCCGAUCUUCUGACCACUCCACCAUCCGACGUAAAAUGGCGCAGGAGUUUGUUAAAACCCAGAUCAAAGGAGACAAGGUGGUGCUGUUCAUCAAGCCCACCUGCGGUUUCUGCAUCAAGGCCAAAGACGUUUUAUCAAAGUACAAGUUCAAGCCAGGACAUCUGGAGUUCAUUGAUAUCAGUGGACGGAGUGACAUGGACAAAAUGCAAGAUUACUUCCUGGAGCUCACCGGGGCCCGCACGGUAAACACAAAGCUGCUUGGUUAUAAUGUUGUGUUACAAAUAAGAGCUUCACUUUAAACUGCUAAACACACAGGCCUAAAUGUUUUAAUGUUAUUCCACCUGAGGCUUUUAGAGAGUAAGGUUAUUUUCAUUUCAUUCCAUUAAUGUUGUCAUUCGCAGGUUCAUCACUUAAUAAUUACAAGUAAAAGCAGCAAUGUUAGCUUUAUAAGCAAGCUUUUCAAGAAAAAAAGGUUUUGUUUCAUUUGCUUGUGGGAAGUUUUGUUUUCUAGGAAAUUCUUGUAAAAGGAAACAAGACUUAAGAAAUGAAACAGGGCGUUACCCAAGAGAGAAAAUCUGAAUGAAACUUGUUUCACUUUAGUAGAGAGUUAUGGUUCUUAGAAAUGAAUAUUUACCAGUUUUUAAAACUUAAGUUUACUUUGUUUCCUAGGAUUAUGUGCAACAAAUGUGCAGCAUUACAGGACUUAAUGAUUUGCAAUAAAGUCUAAAACUCAUUAGUAAAACUGCUUUUAGUCCAAAGUGGUGUGUUUCUUUUUGUCCAAAAUUAAAAAUACAUUCAAAAUAAAUUCUGAAUUAUUACUUGUGCUUGUAACUGUAUUUUUAUGCAAAUCUGGUCCUUUGUGUGUGAAAUAAAACUGACUGACUGUACAGACCACCAUAUUCUCAAAUCAAUUCAAUCAAAAUACACCUUUUUAAAUUGGCUUUCAACCUGUGAACUUUUCUUUUAUUGUCCUUUCAUAUUGUGUCUUUUUUAACCUUCUACACUGUUGGUCUUAUUACUUAUAAUUUUCUGUAUUUUUUAUUAUUAUUUAUUUUAUUUUUUUGGGAAAGUGUCUUUGGAAAGCCCUAUGAGUUACACACAUUGGGAAGAAGCAUUUUAAAAUUUUGGCAUGUAUCUUGGCCCAAGAAAUGAUGGAUUGCUUUGGAAAUGUCAACAACUUUUCAAUUAUUUGCCAGUCAAGGACAAAUUUAAAAAGUAUCUGUUAAAUGUACACUCAAAUGUACACUAAAGUGAGUUGAUUUAAGGUUUUAGAGAUGCAGAAAGAUAAAUGAUUUAAGAAAAGUACACGCACCUCUUUUUUUACACUCACUGCAGGACAAUGAAAACCAAUAACUGCCCAUUUUGAUGGUUCCAGGUCCCAAGGGUGUUCAUCGGCGAGGAGUGUGUCGGAGGAGGAUCAGAUGUAGAACAACUACACAAAAGCGGUAAACUAGAGACCAUGCUGAAGUCUAUUGGAGCUCUGCAGUGAUCCUGCUGCAGACCCUCGGGUACAGAACAACACACAGACUCACACACCUGUCAGUGUAAAAAUAGAGAAGAAAAUCUGCUGCAGAAAGGUGAGGGACAGAAUGAAAAAAACAUGUGCAAUAACAGGUGAGAACAGGGGGUGGGUUUCCCCCCCAGAAGACUUGGAGCAACUUGUUAAGUGCAUGAAUUAGUAACAGUGAGCGCUCAUUAGUGCAGGAAUAAAUAAAUGAAAGGAAAUAAGAUGCCCGGGGUGGUUCUCAAAGAGAUAAAAAGUAAUUGCAGCAGAGUGGUAGAGAUGGGAAGAAAAUUAGCUCCAGGCUCCCACAGAUGGCUGCCAGAUUGAAGGGAACACCUCAAUAAAUCAGUAAAGAAAACAUCAUGAAUGCAGACAUAGCAUCCCAGGCCUGAGGGGUUUCUGGGGGAUUUGAUGAGCAUGAAAAUCAUGUUAAUCCUGUGUUACUGCCUUCACAGUUAGCGGGUCUCAACACAAAUUAGCACCCUUUCAACAUUUUGGAAACAACAAAACCCUGUGGAAGCAUUUUUUUCAGGGGGUGGGAAUGAAUACACACAGAAACCUACACUACAAACACGUGCACAAAAGCUUUGCCUCAACAACAUGCAAACUAGGAUGCAGACACUUAUCCAGUCAGUGUUUCGUUGAUCUAAAACAUGUCUUUAUUUAAAGUCAGACUUCAUGUUAUCUACAUUUUGUACAAGAGAGGCCCACGUGUGUGUCCUCACACACUGGGUUUAGAUGCAGCACUGGAGUUCACUUAGUUUUACAGUCUAGCUUUUCAGCUGUUAAUUACUGAUAUUGUUUUCAAGAGUAUAAUAGCACUAAUCUGAGGAGUGAACGGAUACACACUAGGUAGAAGGUUAAGUAUACACCAGGUGGAUUAAUGUGCCAAAUGAAAUCACCCACAAACUGUCAGGCUCUUACAGUAGAAGCUGUGUCGUCAUGUUUAUGAGCAUCCUGAUACUACAGCUCUGGUAAAAUACUGCAGAUAACACCAGAUUCUAUUUGUUUACUAUUAUUGACUAAAACCCACACAAACUGUCAAAUAUAACAGCAAAACCACACAAUGCAUAUUUUGUGUUUUGUUUUGCUGUGUGUAUCUGAAAUAGGAUGUUAGUGUGUGUUUUCUUUGCUCUGUCUAUUAAUAGUCACUAUUAUUGUAAAUAACAAUGAAGCCCUAGACUGUAAAAUGGCGCAACCCAGUCGUCUGUACACCAGAUGUAAAAAAAAUAAUGUCAUAAUCAUGUCCACAUACAGUUUACAGUAGUUUACAAAAAUAAUUGCAGCACCGAUAAAUCAUAAUCUAGUUAUGAUUAAAAACAACCAUCUUAAAUUAAAAUUAAGACAAAAUAAAUAUUGUCUCCUUCCCAGAGGCAUUGUGGUUUUCAGUGUAUCAUGAUAUCAUCUUUUCAUAAAUCUUUACACUGCUUCUGUACAUGAAAAUGCUACAAAAGGCUUUUACCCUUAAAUAUGACAGAGACAAAAACAUGACUUAGUUCUGCAAAUAAAAUGAAAACAGUUUCCUAUUAAUCUGCAAAAGAAAUGAUGUAAAGUCCACAUCAGGGACUUGGUGGUAGCUGUACUGGUUUGGUGCUCGGAGUGCUUGAUUUUGAUAGAUGCCAUGUGUAGUUUAAUCUAAAGACUUGACUUUUAGCCACCUCUCAAUGAUUGAGAGAUUUGCUGAUUUGUCACCAGCCUGGCUCCAAAUGUAUUCCCUCUCACAUGGUAAUAGGAUUUGCUCGGAGACUGUCUCUGAUGUUCAAUCACAGAUAGAGAAAGAAUCUAAUAAAAGAGAUGUAAUUAAAUCAGCCCCGCUUGUCGGCUGAACUGAGUUUCAGACAAAAAAAUGAUAACGAGCAUGAUUGCGCUACAACUGCGUUCUUUGUGUUCGUGUAAGUCAACACCCGGCUGAAAAAAACUGAUCAUGCCACUCAGAAGUUUGAGGCUCGAGAGUUAUUUCAGGUUAUGUGGGCUCACAGUUGUUAGUUCCAGCACAGAUGCAACACAGGCCAAGGUUUUUUUUUGAAGAAGGAGUGGUUCUGUGUCCAGCUUGCAGACGAAUCCUCUGAUAGAAAUCAAAAACACUUCAGCACUUUUUCUCAACCUGAAGUCCUGUUCCUGUUCCUGUAGCCUGAAACAGUCUGCUCUCAUGAUCCUGGUCAGUUCCAACAGAUGUGCGGUUAUUCGAUAUAUCUGUCCUCGUAAUGGAGACAUUUUAUUUUUACUGCACAUCUUGGAAAUCCUCCAUUUUGCACUGCCAAUGGAAAUCUAAUCUCCCACAGAGCCUGUGGCCAGACAGUCAUUUUAAAUUCAUAUUGGAUUUUAAGGAUUAGUCAUUUUGUAUUGCCAGUGAUAGAAUAGUCAUUAAAUGAAGGACACACAGUUAUUCCUCCAGGGGCGAGCGAGGCCAUCACAGCGGAGUAUAUCUCUGCUUUAAGAGUCAGCAUCUGAAUGAAUCAGCCUUUCAUUUAGCAGCACUUGCAGAAACAAAACUUUUUAUUCUGUUCAUUUCUCCAGAUGUUCAAGAUCAGUCUCACUCUUAUUGUCUCCCUGGUGUCCCUCUUCUGCUCCCCCCUCCCUGUCUUCUUCAGGCUGGCGUCCAGCUGGGGUCACAUGACUAUGCAGCGGGACUUGCGUAGCUUGCGUCUCCGCUGCUGGUACUCGCUGAGCUCCUGCAGGUAGCCUCUGGACGGCCAGCGCAACCUUUCCACCUGCUCCCGUUCCUCCUCUAGAACAACACAGACACACAUAUCACAGCCGUGCUCUGCUGCUAUCGCAACCACAAGAAGGAAGAUUUGCUGCUCAAAAUAUUACACAAAGAUUUAUUGCACUUGGCACAUGGUCACAAAAACACACAUCAUAGGAACCCUGGGGAUUGUUGCCUUUACCACUGCCAACAAGGUUGAAAUAUCUGAUAUGAUUUUGUUUACACUGCAGAGCAGCAGAAGACGGAAGAAGAUCGAUCAUGUGCCUCAUAUUCACUCUGGCUUUUGACUUUAUUUGUGCCCUUCUGUUCCCGUCCAAUGAUUCAUGUUUGUGUGAGUAAUGAUGUCAAUAAAACAUGCUACUGCUUCUAACCAGUCGCUGUUAGUCUUUCUAAUUAGCCUGUCUUUAAGGGUACUUAUCAGGCCAAUUAACUGCAUAUGAAUCUAAUAGGUGCAUAAACCAAUAGUAGGGCUGGGACGAUAUGCUUUUCUUUACUUUAUGAUGCUUUACGAUUUUUUGGACGCUGAUUCGAUUUAAGAUUCUACGAUAUUGCCGAUUUUUCAUUUUUUGGCCUCAUUUUCAAAACCAGUGAAACAGUUGAAUGAUUAUGAUUGUCUAGUGACUAUUCCAGGAACCAUAUUUCCCCAAAAAAUACACAUCACAUGUAAGUCAGUUUUAGAGAUGUAUUCUUAAAUUUGAAAAAAAAUAAUAAUAAUAAUAAUAAUAAUAAUAAUUAAAAAUAAUAAUUUUAAAAAAAAAUAUUUUUGAAUUGAUUUAAAAAUUGUAAAACAAACAAAAAGAAAAAAAAAUGCAAUACUUAUGUGAAUUGAUUUUUUUCUCACACACCUAACAAAUAGCAAAUGAAAAGGGGAGUUUCUCUGGGUCCACUUCUGGCUGAACCAAUCGUGCUGAAUUAGCACAAAGUAGCAAACAACUGUGUAGUUGCAGGCUGUAACUACACGCAACCACAGCACUUUAACAGCGCAAGGCCUUAUGACAAAAGGUCGAAGAGACACAAACGCCUCACAGAUGCAGUAGCUUGUUGUAUUGCAAAAGACAUGCUACUAAUUAGCACUGUUAAAUUUUAUUUUUAUAUCAUGAUAUAUAUCGAUAUCAACUGAUGUGAAAAAAAACUUUUGUGAGAAACUUUUUCCCAUAUUGCCCAGCCCUAACUAUAAAGAUGCAUUAUUUUUAUUUGGGGGGCUAACAGCCAACUGCCACAUUGCCUCAUAACUGAAUAACUAAUAAAAAGUUUCCAAAGGUUUCAAGAUUAAGUUCAAUAUUGAAAGUUCAGAAAAUACAUCAAAAGAGAAAAUGAAACCCUCACUGUCUGUGAUCAUCCACAUUAAUACAUAGUCUAUGCUUUGAACACACAUUUCCUUUUUCAGUCCCUAAAGAGAUAAGCUUAAAGGAUUGGAGCAGUUUGUCGUGAUAGGAAUAAAGGAAUAAACCAUCUGAAUGAUACUUUAAUGUUAGCUAAAGCAGAAAUGGCUAAAGGUUAGCACGUACUUCAUGACCAUGCACUCACGCCAACGCCCUAAUCAGGCAACUCUAAUAGAAAAUUAGAGUAGGAUCCACCUUUGUAUUCGACAAAAAUAAGUGCUAGCCUUCCAUUCACAUUCCUUGUCUGAGACAAAAGGAGCCUAACCUACUUAUACUCUGGAAAACAAAACACAUUCAGCAAAGACUGGAGGCACUUGGACUUCAUUAUUCCCUGAAUGAAAUCUGCAGCCCACUCAAAGCUGAAAUCAGCACUUUGAUUUUGCUAUCGCUCUGUGCAGCCAGACUUCACUUUGCAUACCCAGGACUUGUAUUUGAAUAUGGCAAACGUUUGCUCUGUGUUUACAUGUCCACACACUGACCUGAGAGCUCCAGGAAGUCAGGUUUGUGACUGAAGAUCAGGUAGUUGUUGGCGAUGAAGUGAAGGAGCCAGAUGUACAGCUGCUCUGCAUUGUGACACUGACAAAAUCACAGAAAACACAGAUAUGUCAAAGAAUCAAGAGUCUCUGAAGUAUUAACACUUUUCAACAGGUGACCAUGAACAAUGAGAUGCAGAUUGAGGCUUACAACUAAUGCAAGUCAAAAGAGUAAGAUUGCUGCUGAAAAGAAACACAGCUAUGAGCAAUUUUGACUGACAUCUACAUUUCCUUAAAGGGAUAUUCCGGUGUAAAAUUAAGUUAGGGUCAAACACACCGUAACACUGAGUUAGACACCCAGUCGAGAGAUGAAUGUUGCCGACCAUUUGCUUCUCUAGUUAAACCAACUUUAGGAACGACUGCACGAUAGCAAUACAGAGAACCACGCACUCAACCAAAAAGCCACUCUAUAGCCACAAAUAAUGCUCAGAACAGCACCUAACUUCAUCAACAGUACAUAUAGAGUCCCAGCCAUAACACUAGCCACCAAACACCUUUUUAGCUUUGCCUGAUUUCUUUAGCAAAGAGACUAAACACAACUCACCCACUCUCUUCCAGCAGCCGCUUGUUUGUACAGAGACCCCUGGGUGAGUCCAUUGACUGCAGCGGGAAGACGCAGCUCAAGGAAGAACAUUUAUGAUAAUUUCCUCAUAACAAUGCAAUCAGACCGAGACACUAAGGCAGAAGAACUACCGCGUCUGCACUGCAAAUUUAUCAAAAUGAUGAUUAUUACUUCAAGGAAAUGAUUAAAAAAAAAUGGCUUUUUGGUUAAACACGUGGCUCUCUGUAUUGCUAUCUGUGGUCGUUACUAAACCUGGUAUAACUAAAGAAGCAAGCGUUCAGCAACAUUCAUCUUUCAACAGGGUGUCUAACUCGGUGUUACGAUGUGUCUGACCCUGACUUAAUUUUACGCCGGAAUAUCCCUUUAAACACAACAUGCCUUUGGGUGUCGCAUACAAGCUUUUUUCUGUAUAUGCUGUUUAUCAAACUCUCCUAUCCAUUUAAGCCACUCACUCACUCACUCACUCACUCACUCACCUUUGCCCGGCGGAGUAGUCGGAUCACGCUGAUACCUGUUGAUGACAGCUCUCUACUGGGCAUGCUCUGAAGGUAAGCACACACGCAUACUUCACACAGGUGCUGAAGACGCUUCACCUGGUACAUCUCGGCACAGACCAGCACUGCCAUGGCCUGCAGCACACUGGCUGGACACACAAACACACACAAAACCAUCUGAUAUGUUGCACAUGCAAGACACAAAUUCUUAAAUGAAAUGCCUAUUUAACCUUUUUACAAAAGCUUUUUUUUAGCUUCCAGAAGGAAUCAAAACCACCAGUAAAGUAAAGUUUUUUACUCCAUUUUCCUGUUUGAUUUUUAGACUCAAACUUUAGCUGACAGUAAACUCAGAGAUGCUUUAUUUACACACAGUCAACAGUGCUGAGACAGCAUUUUCAAUUUGGGUUUCUCAGUAUGAAACUUGAUUAUCUUCCAGAUGGACCAAAAAGAAAAACAUUAAUUCAGCACAAGAGGAAGUUUAAACUGAAAUAAUGAUUGGGAAAGUAUUGAUUGUAAAGGCCAAACAGCAGAAAUCAAUUCCUUCACUACACACCUUCCUUAAGUUUUGCACAACAUAGGCCCUCUCAGAAUUAUGUUUUAAGUUUUUAAAACAAAACUCUAAAAACUUGAAGCAUACUACCAGCGACUACUAGCAACUAGAUGCUGAGCACGGCAGAGCAUUAGGCAGCUUGGAAGUAUGCAUAUUUACCUCAUGGGUUGGUGGAAACAAAAAAGAGGAAAAUUACCAUAAAUAUUGAAAUGGUUCUUGUCUCCAAACUUUAAUCCCAAAUAUUGUUUACUGUUUGCUUGAUGCAGUACUUUUUUUUUUUUUAAUUUAACCACUUUCAUCUGUUCUCAAAAACAUCACACCACAUACACUCCUGAUCUGAACCUAGGGAUCAUAAAUUAUUCAUGGCCUAAUACUUCAUCCUCCUUGUCUAAUUUUGAAGCUAUACUGAGCUCACAUACUGGCUACAUGGUUAAUAAUCAGCCAUUUCAUUUAACAGCUCAGAUUUUACAUCAUUAUUUAUAUUCGUCUGAUUUCACGCAAACCUCGUUAGUAACUUCCCAUUUCCGAUAAUUUCCGCAUCCUCACAUGGUCUAAAUCUCAGCCCAGUGCUUUCAAUAAAAUCACUCAGACUGGAACAAAUGAAUAAUUUACUGUUGCUCUUUCCGAGCUGUUAGUUUACAUCCUUACAUACGCACAUGCAACAAGCAUCAAAGAAGCGAAGUCGGUCCUGUUACAUAAUGUCAAAAAUGUCAAAUCAAAUCACUCCUGAUCCGACUUGAUUCCUGCUGUUUGUGUCCAUCAGCCUCAGCAUCCUUCACCCCACAUGAUUCCCAGCAUGUGUCUUUAACAGGCUGCAGCACUGUUGCAGACAUUAAUGAGCAGUGACAAAGUAUUACACUCAGACUACAUGUUAUAAAAACUACCCUUUGAUUUCACACCCUUCAUUUUUGAGGACAUGUGUGCAGUUACCUUGCUCUGACCUUGAGUGUCAGGCUCUUAUGUAACAGUGCAGCAGCUUCUGCCUCUGGAGUUAUUUUUUUUUAUUGCUUUUCUGCUCCCAUGACUCAACCUGAAGCUGAGCCUCUUGAAACUACCUGCUUACACAUAAGCUGGAUCUUAAAGCUACUUUUUAAGGUCUUUUAUGUGUUUUUUCACCAAAACAUCCCAUGCUGCCUAAUAAAGAAAUUGCCAGAUACGACUAGCUGCUCAUUCAAAAUGGAUUAUCCCACAUUGUACAGAGUCCAUUCAGCAGCUUCAUUAUAUAAUAAUACCAGAAAUGAAGAUGGCUGCCGAUGAUGUAAUUGACUCCACAAUUCAGCAAUUGUUAAAUAAAGUUUUGCGCAAUUUUAUCAUGAAUAUAAAGUGAAAUGUUUUUUGCCUAUUCUCUAAUAAUCUGUAAUCAAAUAGAUUCAACUGAUUUUACAGUUUCUUGUGUUGCCACUAUGAAAAUACACAUGCACAAAUGCACAAUACUACUGAAGCCCCUUAAGACAUGACUGCAUAAGCUUGACAUUCAAAGCCGUAUUAUGUCAUCUUUUAGCACUAGGGGGCAGAAAUACCCAAAAUAAAUACAACAGAAGCCUCAAAGAUGGUGCAGCUUGUCCUGUUCGUAUUUCUAAACUUGGUUAGUGUUUCUCCUUUACAUGGAGAAGAACAUGACUCUGUUCAGAAUCCUUUUGAUGGGAGGGGGUUCAUAGUGUUGUGCUUACUCCUGACAUCAGGUCAUGUAUAUUUGAAAGAACCAGUUUUAUGUUUGACUGAAAAACCAAGUGGGAAGGGAGCGGCAGCGAAAGAGUUGGUACUCAGUGAGAUUAACAGUAUCAACUGAGCUGACAUCACUUGAGUCAGUGUCAAAGAAUAAGUAAUACCAAAUGCAUCUUUGAGGUUAAAAAACACGCUCGCUCUCAUCUUCAGAGAGAAUUAUCUGCGCUGAUGACUUUGAAAAUGCAGCUUGCAGAGUGACGGAUAGUGAUAGAGGAAGAAAAAAGAACAUCAUGUCAGGGGCCGUGAGCUGGCACCAUUAAAAACAGAUGAGGCAGUGAUGCCACCGCUUGAUUUUGUCAUCUCUGAAUCUAAUUUAAUUUUAAGCUCAGUGCCGUUCUCUCUCUCUGCAUUCCUCCAGAGACUCACACUGGCAGCAUGUCGUAGUCACACAGAUGGUUGUCGCCACUUGUCAUCUGUGCUUUUGUUUUUGGUCUGUGUUUUGAGCGAGGCCUGCAGGAAAACACCACUGUACCUCUCAAGUGUUUUAUUUCUGUUUUGAUUAAACUGAAAUCAAAGGUCCACCAUCCCUCUGAAACAGGCUGUGUUGUUUUGUUGAUCAGAUUAAUGGCAUUUAAAGCCACUUUCAUCCCAGUCACAAACCCGAUGAGCGUCUAUUUUUAAUGAUUUUUCAUUAUUAAACAACACAAACCCCAUUUUAUGGCUGUAAUAUGGGAAAACAGGUUAAACUGACAUACUGAGUGAGGGUUUCCCACAGCAAUCAAUUACUGUGCAAAAUCAUCCGCUUCAGGGUUGGAUUAGCACACAAAAUACCAAUUUCAUUUGUAGUGUGACAUGCCACCAUCCUCUCAUUACUUUUGAGUACUACUAAACUUGUGUACGUCUGCGCUGUGUGCAGUAAACUCACCAGGACAGCAGGAGUCAGUGUAGAGGUACUCCAGGAAAGACAGGAAGGUAUCUGAGGAGACACCAUGGAUGGGCACCACUCGGCUCCGAGCUUCUGCAUACUUCCCGCUAAACAUGGCCGCCAUGACGUCACAGCGUGCCACUAGCACUGCUCGAUGAGCUGGUAAUACACUCCCUUGAACACACACACACACACACACACACACACACACACACACACACACACACACACACACACACACACACACACACACGGACAUGCAAAAUUUACAUGUAAGAUUUGAGGGAAGCUUCUUGAAAAGUCCUGAAGAGCAGCAGAGAGAAAUGCCUGAGAUUAAAGACUGUUUAUGAUUAAUUCAUUGGAUCUCAACAGAACUGUUUCACAUCACAUGUUAUCUUAGAACAAUUUGAAUGAACUCAAACACUCUUGUUAAAGAUGGGGUAGGCAGGAUUCCGUUAAAGAAGCAUCUUUUUUGUAGUGUAAAUACAAAAAAGCUUUUAAUAUCUGUCAAUAGCAAUUAGUUAUUGAUGAUGUUUGAUAAUAUAACAAUAUCGCUGUGUUCUCUUAUGUCUGUGUAGUCAACAUUUUAAAUUUUUUGAGCGGUCCGCUCUUUCUGACUGUAAACAAAGCCAUUCCCCGCCUCCCCCAACCUGAUUGGUUGUGAGGCCGGCGCUGCUCCUUAGUGCUGAUUGUUUGUGAGGCUAACGCUGCGCCCCUGUGUCAUCCAGGAGCCCAAACAAAGUUAGCGUGCUACAAUAUCGGACAGUAGAAACCAACCAGAAAGUACAGAAAAUUGUCUAAAUCCUCAUUUGGCCAGGACUGCACGAAAACAAAGUAAAUACCUGAGACUCUGGCGGAACGGGGUUUAAAACAGAGGUAGACCGGACAAGAGCUAAAAACCCGGGUCAACAUCAGUGGAGCUAGCAUAAACAUUGGUAAAUGCUUACAGACCCUGUAACCUUUCUGCUGGACAGGUAAACUGCUCUAACAAAGUAAGCCCAGUGUCUGUAACAGAAGUGUUUCUUGUCAAACAGGACCUGCUGCGUGUUGUAGCGCUGCAAAAAUGUUUACCUCGAGUCCCGGAGUAUGUCAUUUUAUCCUAGGUUUAGAAGUCCUGCAAACAUCAUGUUUGCUGGUAGUCUGUUGGCAUCUACAGUAGCACCAAUGCUUUUUACUUUCACGUUGACUAGGCCCCAUUCAUAAUUAUCUUAAGUAUUUAGCUGUAUUCUAUCUGAAUUUAAUUGGAACGAUACAAGCGAGCAGGAGCGUCUGUUUGUGGGCGGGGCUUGCUGGAGUAGAGAGGGAGGAAAGAGGAGGAGCUGAAUGGAAAACUGGUUGGAAGAGGUAGUGUUUACGUUCAAGAUUUCUCCCACAAAGUGGCACUUCCUCAGAUCCUGCCGACCCCACCUCUAAAUCUAACUUGUCUCUUUCGACGCAGUGUAGAAGACUUAUCUAAUUCAAUGUGGCAUGUUGUGAUCUCUCAUAAUGGGCCAUUUAAAUAAACAGGAAACAAAUGACAUGAACAAUCUGAGCAAAAUUCCUGACAUAAUUGCUGUCAUUAAGUGUUAUUAACAGUAAGUGACAGCUCCCUUACUUCACUCCAUCAACAUGCCAGAAUACAAGAACAAAAAAGGCUGAAAUAUCACUAAAUUCUCUGUGACCUCCAAGAGUCACAGAGUUGCUCAGAGGUGCCAGGACCAGAAUAGCUCUCUGCACUUUUGAUGAGAUAAAUAUUGAUUGAGAUGAAGCUUUGAGGCAUUACUUCUGCAUUUCUCAAUUUGAUCCUUUAAUAGCGAAUUGGCUGACUGGAGCUCACGGAGGAGCUUCUGGUGAGAUGAGACAUGACAGGCGCGGAAGGCUGCCCGUUCCUCAGACCAUUUUAUCUUGUUUAGCAUCCAAAUGGGUGACCAGGCCCUGGACUGAGAUCAUAAUUCAAUGAUGGGUAUAAAAUGCAGGCUUCCUCCGCUGUGUGACGAUGCAUUCAUUUGUAAAUGUGACAACCUCAAAAACAUAUAUUAGCAUGGACCCACCUUGCACCAUGAAAAUGACAUCAGAGUAAAGAGGGGAAUUGAAGAGGUUGACAAGAGUCUGGGGGCCCAGCUGAGCCGCCCGGGCGCUCGGGGUGUCCCUAGUGCCCUGCACACGCACAUGUAGAGAAGCAGAGAAAAACACAUAAAGAGAGAGGGUUAGGAUUUCUCUGCUAGGUGUCAGUUUCUAGUUACCUGCACAAUUGUCAUUCUGUGAAUCUAUCCCACCUCCCCUGUGGAAUAUAAAUGACCUCUCAGCCAGUCCAGCUUGUUGCUACCCAAACAUACUUGAACAGCAACGCCAAGAAUAACAUGGCAGAGCUGGCUGACAGACUGUGAACCCCCUGGUCUCCAAAGUGAGUGUUUAUUAACACGUCCUUUCUUCUUUUAAGCCUUUAAAAAAAGACGAAUAAUGUCAAAUCUGUAUAAAUCACCACACUGUGGUUCACAGAUGAGCAAAUCAGUUCUGUGAGAGCGGCUGUCGGGGUAUUUUUGUGGCUGUGUGUUCACAAAGUCUGAAAAUAAGAGUCGUCAAAGCAUCCAAUUACCAUUGCGUGACCUUUCUCAGUCAACCGGAGCACAAAGAACUCCAUACUCCUGCACUGCUCUGCUGCAGAGGGAGCGUUCAGCAAACACAGAGCGUUCAGCAGAGGCGGCAACUGAAUCAAGCCUCUUUGAUUUUGUAAAUCAAUGGGAAGCUUCUGGAGGAAAAUUCAAACCUGUCGUACAGAGUGAGAUGACCUGGAGGUGUUUGCAGAAAACGAGAUCAAACCCCUACAGGACAUUAGGGCAUCUCAUCCCGUUAAAGUGGCCCAGCUGUCACAACAGCAGCUCAUCCUGACGCCGCCUGAGGUGAAGCUCUACAGAUGUGCUUUUAGACCAUGCAAUAUGCCAAAGGCUUGUCAGACCCAGACAAGUCAUAUCUCCUGACCAUGAUCUGAAUGCUGAUGUCUGAUACCUAAGACAUGGAGUAGCCUUGUGUUUUCUAAACUGAUGGGGUAUAUUGCAGAUAUGAAGCUGCAGUUUUUACCAUAAAAUUCACAUCAUGGCUAUCAUCUGCUGUGAACUACUUCUUCUGUGUAUUCAGUAUCUUUAACAAGCAUCUCUUGUUUAUCUGAUACUAAUUCCCACAGUGAGGAUACGUUCAGUAAUUAAAUAAACAUGCUAAUUAUAGCCAAAUUAACACUGUACUGUUUGUUAACAAGGUCUUGCUAAUGAAGGCGUUGUUUGUCUCUGUAUUCAAAAACAUGUGUUUAUACCUUUAUGGGCUAUAUUUGACAAAUUAUAGAUAUUUUAAGGGAUGUUGUGGCGUAAAAUUAAUUUAGGGUCAAACACACCGUAACACCGAGUUAGACACCCCCUUGAGAGAUUAAUGUUGCCGACCGCUCGCUUCUCAAAUUAUACCAACUUUAGUAACAACCACACAAUAGCAAUACACAGCGGCCUGAGGAGCCACGCACUCAACCAAAAAGCCACUUUAUAGCCACAAAUAAUGCUCAGAACAGCACCUAACUUCAUCAACAGUACAUAUAGGGUCCCAGCCAUAGUACUAGCCACCAAACAUCUUUUUAGCUCUGCCUAAUUUCUUUUGCAAAGAGACUAAACACAACUCACCCACUCUCUUCCAGCAGCCGCUUGUUUGUAGUGAGACCUCAGGUGAGUCUAUCUACUGCUGCGGGGUGACGCAGCUCAGGGAAGAACAUUUAUGAUAAUUUCCUCAUGGAAAUGCAGUCAGACCGAGACACUAAGGCAGAAGAACUACUGUGUCUGCAGUGCAAAAUGAUAUGAUGAUUAUUACUUCAAGGAAAUGAUAAAGUAAUGAUCAUAAAUGUUCUUCCUUGAGCUGCGUCACCCCGCUUCAGUCGUGAUGGACUCACCUGAGAUGUUUGUACAAACAAGCGGCUGCUGGAAGAGAGUAGGUGAGUUGUGUUUAGUCUCUUUGCUAAAGAAAUCAGGCAAAGCUAAAAAGAUGUUUGGUGGCUAGUGCUGUGGCUGGGACCCUAUAUGUACUGUUGAUGAAGUUAGGUGCUGUUCUGAGCAUUAUUUGUGGCUAUAAAGGGGCGUUUUGGUUGAGGUUUGUGUGUGGCUCCUCAGGCCACUGUGUAUUGCUAUCGUGUGGUCGUUACUAAAGUUGGUAUAACUAGAGAAGCAAGCAGUUGGCAACAUUCAUCUCUUGACGGGGUGUCUAACUCUGUGUUAUGGUGUGAUUGACCCUAACUUAAUUUUAUGCCGGAAUAUCCCUUUUAAAAAACAGCGGUGCGAUUUUUGUGUAAAGUAAAAGAGGUGAUUUUUCACACGAACACUCUCACCCUGUCUCUGCCAAUGAGGGAUCGUAUGCGCUCCAUAAGUUGAGCUACAGCGAGUGAAUUCUUCAGCUUCUCCUCCAGGGCCUCCUGGAGGUGUUCCCACUCCCACGCUCCUACAAAACAUCCACAAUAGUACAGUUUACAAAAAAAGACACACAGACAAACUCUUUUUAUUCCAGCUGGCACCGUGCUCUCACCACCCACACCACCUUACUCGGAGCACUCAGGACCUGGUUUUGACAAAGUUUGCUUGUUCUAAAAUAUGUCUGCUUAUAUAAUUCAUGCGGGUUGCGGUCGGGACACUCAGUCCAUGUUUCAAAAGUGUUCAAGAUCGAGACCAGAAUGUCUUUUCAGUGGAAAAAUGGUAAAUCUAAAUAAUGAUCUCAAGUCUAGCCUCAAGGUCAACUGGUUGGUAGUAAAGCCUUUCUUUUAUUCAUUUCAGGUGCGUAUUUGUAAUAGUUUUAUCUUUUCCCAGUAGACAGUUGGAAAAAAAAGCUAUUCCAUUCAAAUCACAGCCAUCAAAUGCUUUAUAAACAAUCAUAGCAACAAUCAUGCAGCCAGCCUUAAGCUUUCACAGGUUUUUAUGACAGGUACUAUCACAGUGCUACAAGGCAAACAGACUUCACAACAGCGAGUGAUGUGAAUUUAGCUUUUGCUAGAUACAACAGUAAAGUCAGGCUGAUGCUUAUGGGAAAAUAAUAAACCAAAGAGCUGAAAUUUCAAAUUGAAAAUUCAAGCUUAUGAUACAAUAAAAGAGAGGGGACUUAUUUGGCUGAGGUUGAUUUUUUUUUUGUUGAAAACACUCAUGAAAACCUUAUGAGAUCACCAAGAGGAGUAGGAUUUAUAGAACCUCUAAGGGACUUACAUGAACCUUUUUGGGAGCCGUCCAACAAACAUUUAUCAAGAUGCUUACUCAAUAUAUGCUAUCCUCAACAAAUAAACUGUCAGCUUUAUGGUAGUAACACUAGGAAAAACAAUCUGUGCUGUGAAACACAGUUCAUGCCAUAAAAAAUAACACGAGUAAGAUACCAAGAACUUGCAGCAAGACACAAAAAGAACUUGUUUUAAAACGCAGAAAAAUUCCUCCCUCCAUAUUAUUAUGCAGGAAACAACUAUGCUGCUUUCAUUCACUUUAGCUGAAGAUGUCUUCAUGGAGCCUGCACAGCCCUGCAGCUUGAUUUAGCUGAUGCACUCUGUCUCUUUGGGAUGUAAACAGACAGUGUGGGGAAUAGGGAGCUGGACUGGACAGGAUUUAUCUCAUCAUUAGUUCAUAAUGACGGUAUUUGGGCUGAUAGAGGGAUUACCUCAGCACACGCUGUCGGAUAAUAACGUGGCGCUGACACCUCAUAGGCACAGCGACAGAUUAGCUCAGGAGGUGUGCUGCUGACGUACCAUGUUGCCAGACACAGAAACCUGAAAACUGAACCUUUCUUUUUUGAACAGCCCUGACAAGGUCAUAAAAAAGUACAGUUUGUGGUCAUUUGUCCAAAAAAUGACAGACCUGUAUUUUUAACUGUAGCUGCUAAUGAGACAAAAGUAACUCCAAACAGACAUAAUUCCUCUGUGUCAUAUAUUUAAGAGCAUGUGCUAAACAGACACACACACAUAAAAGCAACCAAGUGACAAACGCAAUGAUUCAGCUGCACAGCACACAAGGAGACAGAGUCUCACUGUGUUAACAUCAUACAGGAUAAGUCACGGCCUCUGUGACUGUCCGUACACACUGAAUGAAAAAAACAUAAUGUGUGGAAUGCAAGUAUGACGCAGAAACAUGAUAUUGUUAUGGAAAUUAGCUCUGUCAAACCAAUAUAUUGAGACACAACUGACAAAAGACUUGAGUUACAUCGCCAGUGGAAGAUAUUUGUCCCUUCUCUGGGAAAGCCGAGAGCGGCACAAUGUGGAUUUACAGAUUGAACAUCCAAUAUUGGUCUGGAUCUCUCUGUGGGCAGGGAAGGCAAACGCUCACAUCUGAUUAUCCAGUCCGGGAAAGCACGCUAAUAGAGACACGCACCCACACUGUAAAGUGAGGUCAUCUGCUUUAAACAUACAGUCAGACCCGCCAUGUUGAAGGUUAACAUUAUAUUACAUCACACAAGGCUUCACACCGACUCCCUGCGGUGUUUCAGGAGUAGAAACGUGACAUUGGUAUUCUGCAGAGCACAUGCCCACAUGCUCCUGUUUCUGCUGUUCGCUCCACACAUACCGACACAUACACACUUACACAAACAUACACACUAUAGCUGCAUGCUCUACUACCCUGCUCUCCCACCGACCAAAUAUUUUCCCUCCAUCUUAGCUCUGUCAUGUCCUCAAUUUUCCACUUUGCUUUUCAUAUUUCUCCUCUCCUACUGUAAAAAAAAAUCUGCACAAGUACUUUAAUACCUGUGCACAAGCGUCAACACCACGCCCUCUGUCUGACAAACUCUCUCUCUCUUAUUCUUAUUCAUACCACCACUCAUGGAGACUCAGUCUAACCCUAUAAUCUUCUUCCCUUCUUUGCUCAUCCUUCUCCAGCACACACACGCAC